CUGUUUAAAACCACUUAUAACAGUUGUGACAAUUUGGAACAGACAGAACAGUUUGGAAAUACAUUCAGAUUAACAGUAAAAUGUUUUAAAACCUGUGACACCACCUAAAUACAACUGAAAUAUGUUAGUGAAUCUCACAGCAAAACCUGUACCAAUAGCUCUUUACAGAAUCUUUAGCCCCUUUCCCACUGCCCAAAAUAACCAUGUAAACUCGUCACACCUUGUCUUUUGAUGGCAGUGGGAAUGCAACUAUUGAGACAAAUGACUUUUCAAUCGACAUGGGUGGUUAUCCGCUUUGCAUCGGCUUGGAAACAAUGGUAACGCCAAACUUUGCUAAAGCCGCGAACGUAAGGAAUGACGCUCGCGCGUUGUCAUCACUUCAGCAAUUACCAACUAGGAGCUGUCACUGCUACAACUAUCAAAUGAAUCACAUCCUACACGCUGGAAGAUUUUUACUGGGAAACCCUCACCAGACAACCUGGCACAAGUGUUGCUCUAGCUUGGCCAAGAUGAUGCAGGCAGUGUAUGUCGACAUGCCAGGAGGACCGGAGAGUUUGCUGCUGCGAAAUAUCCCCAGACCUCAACCUAGAAAUGGACAGGUUCUGAUUAAAGUUCAUGCAACUGCCCUCAACAGGGCGGACUUAUUACAGAGACGAGGACUGUACCCACCUCCCCCAGGUGAGAGUGACAUCAUAGGCCUGGAGGUGGCUGGCACUGUGGAUACUCUGGGCCUGGGGGUUAAAAGCAGCUGGAAGCCAGAUGACAGGGUCAUGGCCUUGCUCUGUGGAGGAGGAUAUGCAGAAUACGUUGCUGUGCCUGAGGAGCUUCUCAUGCCUGUUCCCCCUAAUCUCACAUUCUGCCAAGCUGCUGCAGUCCCAGAGGCCUGGCUCACUGCUUUCCAGCUGCUGGUUUUAGUAGCUCAGGUGAAGGAGGGCGAGGUGGUGCUGGUUCAUGCUGGAGCCAGCGGCGUAGGAACAGCCGCUGUUCAGCUGGUUCGUCUGUUUGGUGCCGUGCCCAUCAUUACCGCGGGGAGCCCAGAAAAACUUAAGAUGGCUGAGGAACUGGGAGCAGCAGCUGGUUUUAACUACAAAGAGGAAAGCUUCGCACAGGGAGUCUGUGACUUUACAGGAGGCAAAGGGGCAAACAUUAUCCUUGACUGCAUUGGUGGGCGAAACUGGGAGCAGAAUGUGAGCUGCUUAGCCACGGAUGGCAGGUGGGUGCUGUACGGCACAUUGGGUGGCAGGACAGUGGAGGGAGAUCUGUUUGGCAGACUUCUCUCUAAGCGAGGACACCUGCUCAGCAGCCUCCUCCGCUCUCGUAAUCUUCAGUACAAAGCAGACCUGGUGAAGGCUUUUUCACACAGAGUGUUACCAUAUUUCUCAGGCCAGGCCGCCUCCUUGAGGCCAGUGAUUGACAGCACAUUCACCCUGGGAGACAUUGCAGAGGCUCAUCGGCACAUGGAAGCCAACAAAAACACGGGGAAGAUUGUUAUUAAUGUGAUUCCACAGAAUCAAGAAACUCACUGAUGAACAGCUGCAGCUGUGCAGCAAUAGAAAUGCAAUUGUUCUGAAAUGUAGCUUUAUGUCAAGGAAUUUUACAGCACAAUGUUAUUUGAAAACUCACACUAACUUUCUGUCACACUAUAGCCUAUGCUGAAUACAUCUAGGGCUAGGCCUAUGGUGUUUGUUGACUUUGCCAAUAAAGU